AUUCAGUAACGAUCUUCACUUCCUAAUGGCAACUAAAUUAAGAGAUACGGUUUUACUACAACAACUAUAGAAACUAAAAAAUGAUGUAGGUAUGCGAUUAAAAUGAUGUGAAUAAAAAUUUAUGAUUUCUGUCUGAAGAACACACAUAACAUAUAAGUAAUUUCAAUAUAAAUAAAAUCGGUGAUUUUACUAUCGAAUACUAUAAGCUGCUUUUUUAUGUGACUAAAUGAAUAACAAUAUUUAAAUUAAAGUAAUCGGAACUGCUUUCUGAUAUAAUGUUACGAAUUCACGGAAACUGAUCUAGUUCACGAAGCUCCUAGUUUUCUGACGUGAGGAAUUUUUGGCCAAGUGUGAGAGUGAUGAGGAGAUUAAUCUGUGGUGCCAAAUCUGCCAAAUGUUCGGUUUAAUGCCAUGAGUCCAUUAAGCGUACUCAAGAAAACCCGACGACAGCCGUCAUCAGAUAUGAUCCACGUCGAUGAAACAGACCCUGUUGGAGAAAUAGAGCCGCCGUUCCCGAACCGCGAUGUCAGCAUCAAAAGGAACACAGAUGUCAACGACUUCUACGAUAUGCUCUCGGAGAUCGGCCGGGGUAAAUUCGGCACGGUGUACCUUUGCCGUGAGAAGAGCACAGGGCUGGAGUUGGCAGCCAAGCUAGUGUCAGUUAACAGGAGAGACGAGAGAAGAAAUGUGGAGAGAGAAGUCGACGUGAUGAGGAGGCUGCGCCAUCCGCGGCUCAUACAGCUAUAUGACGCGUAUGAGUGGGGCAAGUGCAUGUGCGUCGUGCUCGAACUUAUCACCGGUGGGGAGCUGUUCGAGCGGGUGAUAGAUGAAGACUUCGUGCUGACAGAGCGCGCCUGCACAGUAUUCAUGAGGCAGAUCUGCGAGGGCAUCGAGUUUGUGCACCGCCAGAAUAUACUGCAUCUGGAUUUAAAGCCGGAAAACAUCCUAUGCCUGACAAAAACCGGGAACCGAAUCAAGAUAAUCGACUUCGGGCUGGCGAGGUUCUACGACCCGGAGAAGAAGCUGCAAGUUCUGUUCGGGACCCCGGAGUUUGUGGCCCCGGAAGUGGUGAACUUCGAUCAAAUCGGCUACGGCACUGACAUGUGGUCAGUCGGUGUCAUAUGCUAUGUUCUAUUAUCAGGCUUGUCCCCGUUCAUGGGAGAGACGGACAUCGAGACCAUGGCUAAUGUCACCGUCGCUAAAUAUGACUUCGACGACGAAGCAUUUAACGAAAUUUCUGAAGACGCCAAGGACUUCAUCAGCAGACUGCUGGUCAAGGACAAAGAGUCACGGCCCAGCGCCACGGAGUGCUUGCGGCACCGCUGGGUGGCGAAGCGGCCGCCGGCGCCGGCGCAGCCCACACCCGCGCCGGCACCCAAACACGAGCUCGACGUCGCCAAGGACAACCUGCGGCUCUUCGUCGAACGCUGGAGCGAACAUCCUAACAGCCCUUAUGUCUUCGACAACCAAUCCCACGAGAUCACAACCUUGAUGAACGGAAACUGUGAAAGAUCUUCUAUCGGAGGAUGCUCCCCGUCACCCCGGAGCUCUUUAGGCAGCUCCCCGGAUGGAAUAUUUGACGAAGACGACUUGGAACCCCCGCCGUUGAGGGAGAACAAUUUCCUCUCGCCACGGUACAAUCCUGUCGAGCGAAGAGCGUCAGACAGUUCAUGCUUCAUGAACAAAAAACAAGACGUAAUGGUCAGAAAGAAUUUAGCUGAAGAAAUAAAAAAACUGUCCGAUCAUUUGUUUAUGCUGGCCACGAUGAACACAGAUUUAGCUAACAACAAUAGCACGAAGGAAGUAGAUAAGAAUAUAUCCACAGAAACAAAGACGUCAUCCAAAGAAGAGAAGUUACCCAAUGGAUUUAAGAGAGAAUCUAAAACAGUGACUAAAACUUCAAAGACGACUAAUGGUGAUGCGUCUCAGAAAGAAAAACAGAUUUUCACAUCAAAAUCUACUCAUAAAAUCACAUCCACUUUCUUAACGGAAAGAGAACCAGAGAAGCCUGUGACCAGUAAAAUGCCCUGGGCGAGAUCGAUACCAACAACAAAGUCAAAACGUAUAACCAACUUGAGCAGAGACGUGCCGGACCAGCCUACAGAGAGGCGGAACAGUUUCUUCCAAGAGUUCGACAGACGAAGAGACCAAAUAGACAAGCUAGUCAACGGAAGUUCAGAAAACGGGAGACAGUUACCUUACAGGAGAGGAGAUGAGAACAAUGCGCAUAGAACUAAGGAUUUGUUGCUGCAUUUGCUGGAGAAAUGGGGUGAAACUGAAGAAGUUGAAGCGGAAAGAACGGCUGGAGGAACCUCAAAUAGUGGCAGACAUCAGUCGAUAUCGUACGAAUGGUCGCCAUCGAACCAGCUGGCGCAGAACUCCAUGUCCAGUCUGCACGCGUUCUUCAAAAGGCAAACCUCCGACGAGAAACUUCAGAGGAAAAAAGUUACGACUCCAGUGCAGAAUUCCAAAUGAUUUUAAUGGGUUUCUCUUAAGGCUCAGGCGAACUAAUCAGAUACAACAAUAUUUUUGAGUUAUUUGAUACUUUUCAUUGCUAAAUUGAUAUUUAGCAAUUAAAUGUAUCAACAUAACUUAAAAAAACAAAUAGAUUCAACGUUUUUUUAAUGAGGUCUUUGAGACCUAAGAGAUUUAAGUAACAAAAGACUUUUAGUGCCAUGACAUUUGGACUUGAAACUAACUGAAUUUAUGUACUUACAGAAUGUAUAUUACUUAGGAGUUAAGACUAAAGUAAACGUAAUGGUAAGUUACCAAAGUAACUGAUUGAGAUUAUAUUAAUUGUUAAGUUCGGAUUAAGUAAGUAUGGCAGUAAAAUGACAAGUUACGAAUCUAGUCUCCAUACACAAAGUCCUGUAUGAAUUCUGUAUGACAUGAAAGACUGAGAAGGUUAGGUGAAAAUGGAUAGUUACUCACUCGAAAUAGCAUCAAACAUAAUUAUUAUAAAUUAAAUGCUCUUUCCUAGUAAAGUUUAAUUUCAUUUUGACAACAAUUGACGGAAUUAUUUACGACUCUCAUUGGAAAUUAUUAGUGUAGUAGUAAUUUAGCGCUAUUUCAUUAUAGGAACUAAGCUGUCGAAAAGAAAAUAAAUGUCUACGAAAAUAAUGAUUUUCAAUCAUGGGUCAAGUUCCUUGUCUGUAUAUACUUACGUGAUACACUCAUAAUUUUAUAUUACUUAAUUUAUUGUUAUUUAAAAGAAUGUUGCUAAAAUUAUAAGGCUAUUAUAACA